UAUCUUGAACUUCGAUUCAAUAGGACUGUUACAACAAUGGCCGUAAUCACAUAUUCAUUUCAAAUAUUGGUUUUCAUAUCCAUUCAGUUGUACGCAUCAUCGAUUACACUUUCACAAGGGUGGUAUGAAAGCAGUGCUCUGGGCUGAUUCGUUACAACUUUGCCUUAUUUUAUGUGGAUCCCUUGCCUUAGUGAUACAAGGGUCCAUCAACCUUGGUGGUAUUGAUAAAGUUUUUAAUAUAGCAACUGAUCAUGGCAGGAUUGAAUUCGAUGAGUUGGAUCCAAAUCCUACAACGCGUCAUUCUGUGUGGGGCCUGACAAUUGGGAUGGUUUUUUUUCUUGCUGCGUCAUUCUCGACUAACCAGCAUUCCGUGCAGCGUUAUCUUACGUUGGGUACGAAAAUACGGGGUCAAGGGGUGUUGUAUCUGAAUAUUAUCUUAUCAGCCAUAUUUGGAUCAAUUAACAUCAUGGUAGGAAUCGUGAUGUUUGCCACAUAUGCUUCAUGUGAUCCUAUCAAACUCGGAAAAGUUGAGAAGGUCGAUCAGAUGCCGGCAUAUUUAGUGGUGGACCUGUUCGGUCAUUUAAGAGGAAUGUCAGGACUGUUUAUUGUAACGGUGAUAGCAGCUGCAAUGAGCACAAUGUCAUCUGGGCAAAAUGCAUUGGCGGCAGUGUUUCUAGAAGACGUCACGAAACCAAUUUAUAAAGCUAUUCAUAAGAAACCGAUUUCGGAAAGAUUUGCUACCAAUAUCACAAAAUGCUUCGGUAUAUUCUUCGGACUUGCCACAAUAGCUGUUACAUUUUUACUAACGGAAACGCAAGAAACAGUACUGAAUAUAGCAUGGAAGCUGUUGGGCAUCUUAGGCGGACCUAUCUUUGCAAUGUUCACAUUUGGAAUCCUAUUUCCUUGUGCAAAUUCAUGGGGGGUAGCAACUGGCCUUAUAGCAAGUCUUGGUGUCUUAAUCUGGAUUAAUGCUGGAGUUCUCAUGUUCAAAAUUCGCCUUGAAAAUCUACCAACUGAUAUUUCUGGAUGUGGAAACAUUUCCAAUUUCACCACAACAUCAGUGGAUCCUUUCAACACAACAUCAACAGGUUCUUUCAACACGUCACCAUUGGGCCCGGUUAUUACUACUUCAUACUCUAGCGUAGGUGAUACAAAACAGGAUGAUGAGCCAGAUAUUUUCAACUGGUAUAAAGUAUCAUAUGUUUGGUACACGCUGAUUGCGCUGAUUGUGAUGCUUAUUGUUGGACUUCCCGUAAGCCUCAUUGCAAAUUGCGCAAAGGGAGGAUAUGAAGUGAAAGACGAAAGGCUGCUAUGGACAGGUUGUAGAUCAUGGAAGAAGAUGUCAUUCUCAAAACCAAUGAAUGAAGUCUCGAGUUUAAAGAAUGAUAUCAUUAGAUCAAGAGAUGGACAGGCAUCACAUACUCAUGGAAUGAAUAAUGCAGGAUUUAAUGAUUCCACGAGACUUUGAAUUAUUUUAUUUUUAUUUAAAUUAAUUUGCACAUCAGUGAUGGAGUAGAGUACCGCUGUUCUAAUGCGGGACGUAAUCCCAGGAACAAUAUAAUCUGUGGUGGAUCUGACGAAAACAGAACAAGUUACACCUUUAACCCAUAUUAACAUGCUAUCAAUAAAUAAAUUGACAAAAACACAUUGUGUGUAUAUCAGUGCUAGACGACCUGCCUAUUCAUUUUUUAGAUUAAAGACUGAGUAUCAGACCUUGAAGAGAGUUAAUGAGAUGAUGUUUCUAGCAAUAUAUUCCUUACAAUCUCA